AUGAAGAUCGCCUAUUUAUGGCUUGCCAUCUUGAUCGAUACACUAUCUAUUAGAAAUAUAAAUAAUGUUAAGCCGAAUUCAUAUAUCAAACAAAUCAAGAAAUCAUAUCAAUAUAAAUCAAAUGUAGAACUGUAUUAUGGUUAUUUCCAAUGUAAACCAGUCGAAGCUUAUCAUUCCCAAUCAAUCAGUGAUCUAUGUGAUCAAUCAAAUAACAAAAAAAUAUAUGAUAAUGUAAAUCAUUUAUACAUUCAUCAGGCAAGAACUGAUUUCAUUUACAAUGAAUGCUUUGUAAAGAAUUUGGUAUCGAUCACCAUUACUGCAAAUUUUUGCGAGAUAAACAUGAGUUCUCUACCAACGACACUGCGUUCAAUUACAAUUAAUGGAAAUGUUACAUUAGUAAUCGAUGUAGAGCUACCUAAUCUAGAGGUACUACAUCAUCAGCUCAUAGAAUUAGACGAUACCAAUAUUUCAUUGUUACCAGCUACACUUCAUUCCAUUUCCAUAGAGUCAAGGCAUCUUAAGUACUUUAACUACUCUAAAGUAACAACAUUGAAAUCAACAAUCAAAUCGAUGAUUCUCAAUCAGUCUUAUGGAUCAAAGCUCCAACCAAGCGACUUUCCACCGACAUUGACCAAUUUAACUGUAACAACUAUUUACCCGUUGAGUAGAAUUGGCUUCCCAACAAGCUUAAAAUCACUUAGCAUCAUCGAGGUUCCAUUGCAUUCCGAGAAUGAUCAAAGCUUUGAUAAUGUGGCAGUGCUACCACCAAACCUGGAGGUAUUGGAUCUCACCUAUCUAAUUUUUGGAAAUCCAGGAGCUCUUCCACAGGGUCUAAAGAAACUCUAUACAGGAGGAGUUUUCAAUUUGAAAGUUGAAUCACUCCCAGACUCAUUAGAGUUUAUGAGCCUCAGCGAUGGUUCAAUACUCCCAUUUGGUUCAAUACCACCCUCAGUCAAACAUAUUUCAAUGUCAAAGGAUUACUAUAAACUUGAUCAACUUAAAAGUAUACCAACAACAGUCAGUGGAAUCACAGUCGGCAACCUCCAACUGAGAAGAAUAGAUAAUAAUCAAAAUUAUUUAAUAGUUGACAGUAAUGAUAGUUCGAGAAUAUCAAUACAAAAUAUUUUAGAAAUACCAACCUUUAUAGAAAAACAAUUUAAAGUUGAAAUAGCAAACGACCCACCUUCACCUUAA